ACUGGUGGGGAUGAGCUACGAUGUAGCCACAGCUGCCCUGGGGUAGGGAUGCCAGUAUUGGUAUCAGCACCAAUACGAUACCAAUACCAGUGUCGGUAUCGGUAAAAGUUAACCGAUACCAGGAACCGAUACCAAUGCAGUUGCUUGAAAAUGGCUUCACUGUAACUUGUCAUUUCUGUUCACCUAAUAUUUUAGUUUUGUGAUGAUUUCUAUUCAUAUAUUUUACUUUUUUAUCUACCUCACAGUCUUUUCCUGUUGAAAGCAGAGAAGAAAAUAAAAUCUGUAUUCCAAAUCAUUGCCCUUUUUUGUAUGGUAGAAGUAUCGGUAUUGGUAAUCGGUAUCGGCGAGUACUCAGAUCCAAGUAUCGGUAUCGUAUCGGUUUGGAAAAAAGUGGUAUCGUUGCAUCCCUACCCUGGGGCGCACUGACAGAGGCGAGGCUGCCGAGCACCGGCGCCACCGACCACCACCAGCAGAAAAUGACAGCGACAGAGUGAGCGGGGCUCGAACCUGCAUCCUUCCGAUUACGAGGCGAGCGCCUAACUCCUGUGCCUCUGUCGCCCCGGUGAAAUUGUAAUAAUGAAUUAAAUAGGCAAAAGGCUGAAUCAGCUUAGGAGCAGUAAUUUUAAAUAAAAACAUGUAAGUUAAUGGAAUAAAAUACAUUCUCCAAGGAGAAAUCUUAAUGAAGAUUGCUAAGAUUUUUCAUGACUUUGCUUCUGGAAAAAAAUCUUAAAAUUUAAAUAUCUCUUGGUAACAAACAACAAAAAGCAACUGAAAAAAGCCCUACGCUACAUGUAAGGUACAAAGGCACAAUGUUCUUAUAAUAAAAUUUUGGUCAAUCAAUGUUGUGCACAAAAACACUUUUUUACAAAACCUUUUGUAGAAAUUAUGCUUGACUGUUUUAAUUUUACGACACCACUGAGAGAUUUGUUUUACAUUCAGUGUUCUGCAAGGUUAUAAAAUGUUUGGCCCCAGGGCAUAGACGUAUUAACGAUCCCACGUAUUCCCUAGGAAUGUAUUGCUCCGACCGACAAGCCAGUCCCACAAACCUCAACUUUUAACUUUGUUUCUCAUUUUUGCUCAUUUACAUUUCUUGGUGGUUGUUAAGAAACAAAUUUCAGCUCAUAUUUCAAUAAUUAUGUUUUGUUUUAUAUUCAAAAGCAGUUUUCUUUAUUUUUACUAGAAUAACAAAAUUGUUGUUAGUGCCACCAAAGGAGCCCUUUAUUAAUCCAAUCUUCUCCCAAUCAGCAGGAUUUUUAUGCAUACUUUUAUGAAUAAGAAAAAUGCAAUUUUGGGUUUUUGUCAUCAGAUCAGUGUUUCGUCCAUUUAAAGCUCAGAAGUUCUGUAAUUUAUCAAACUAAAUGUCAUUUUUCAGUUUGUGGUGUUUUUCAAAUAGACUAAACUUCACAAUAAAACUCCUCAUAUUCAGAGGAACAGGGAACCGGAAGUUUGGGAAAAUGCAAUCAUCUCACAGAUUUACAAUAAGAGCUACGGUUGUAAAACUGGAAAAAAAAACUAUGAAAUAAAUCGGGUGCAACCGUUGUUUACAAUUGAGAGCACUAACAAAUUCCUACAGUUUUUCCCUGCAUGUCUCAUCAGCUUUUAUUUUGAAAAAUUGGAAAGCGAACGCGCACGAGGUGGAGUUGGAGGGGUUCUGCUGGGCUGUACACACACACAUACACACACACACACACACACUUUCUCACUGUUGUUUCCGAUUCGCUGGUCUACUGGACGGCACCGAAGCAUGGAAAAGUAAGACUAGCUGGUAAAAAUGUAACCGGACGUUCCGUUAAACGUUUCGACCGAAACAAAAGAUGGAGUCUGCUGGGAGCAGAACGGAGAAGUUGUGGCUCCGGUCUCUUCUUUGGUGGUCGCUGCUGCUCCAACUAGCAUCAGGAGCUUCCUUUUAUGGCGAUGGCUUCGUACAACUCAAGGCCACAGAGUCGUCCGACCAUAACGUUCUCCGCGUUCGCUUCAGAACCUCCAGCACCAACGGCCUUCUGUUUCUCGCCGCUGGCGAGGCCAACUACUUCCUGCUAGAGCUCCACGCCAGUCGCCUGCAGGUGAAACUGGACCUUGGAUCAGGGGAGCAAGUGUUGGAAUCAGAUAGAAGCAUCCAGUUCAACGAUUUGGCCUGGCACUCUGUUGAAGUCAAACACGUGUCAUUAAAUGUCACUCUGACUGUGGACAAAAACUCACACACAAGCGUCAAGAUCCCCGGGCCCCAUCACAGUCUCAACAUUGUGGAUGGUCUUUAUGUUGGAGGCUCAGGUGGCUUAGACAAAAUGUACCUACCUAGAAACCUAAACGGUUUCCGAGGCUGCAUGGACGAGGCAGUCUUCAACGAACAUGACUUGCUGUCAUCAUUGAGGUCGUACACCGGGUACAAAAACGUCUAUGAAGUGUCGUUGGGCUGCAGUCCACAGUUCUUUGCCACUGAAGAAGAUGCUAUCAGUUUUUUCAGUUCCAGAGCGUAUGUUUCUGUUCCAACCUGGACAAUCCAUCAAGAGGCCACAUUUCAGUGUGUUGUGCACACUUCUGCCAAAGAAGGGAUUCUUCUCUACAGUUCAGCCAGAGAGGGAGGGUUUGUGGCUCUGGAAAUUCAAGAAGGAUUGCCAGUGGCUGUUGUUGGGAAAGGUGGAGUCAAAACCGAACUGCGUUCACAAACGUUUAUUGAUGACAAAAAAUGGCAUUCUGUCAAGCUGCAUUUUAGUUCCAAAAGCCUUGAGCUAACAGUUGAUGGGGAGAUAGUGAAAAGCAGCAUUAGCUCUCAUUUAAAGAGACUUCAUCUUAAAGGUCAUCUUUUUGUUGGCGGCAUCGAUGACGGCACUAGGUCAGAAGUCAGAAAGUUGGGGCUUGCCUCUGUAUCGGGAAGACGUGUCAGAGGAGGUUCCUUCAAAGGAUGUUUGAAGAACAUUGAAGUGAACCGAGUUAAGAUGGGUCUUUCUCAUGCAGUGAUCACCAAAGAUGUUUCAGUUGGUUGUGAACCAGAGUCACAAACCCCUGCUAAUCCCACAAGUACAUCAAGACCCCUUCUUCAUUUGAUAACACCAACACCUUUCCUUUACAUGUCCACCCUUGCAGUUGGCUUGGACAGAAGAUAUGGCUCAGAUUUUGUUCAACUUAGAAACCUCGAGGUCCAAGAGGGUGGUCGCUCAUCUCUUGAAGCCAAACACAUAAAGGUUUUCUUAGACUUUAAGCAGCUUGGUGUUCGACAGUCUCAGAUAAUGUUCAGAAUUCAAGAGCAGCCUAUUAGAGGUCAGAUAAGGCUGGAUGUUGAUCAGGAGCAAGAGGAGAACACCUUCAGCAUGCUGGAUCUUUGGCAUGGAAGAGUGAUGUACGUCCAUGGAGGCUCUGAGGAACCCGAUGACUUCUUCAUGUUUUCGAUAUUUUGUAGUAGCAGAAAGCAAGUUCCUGAUUAUUUGAAGAGCAGCAAGUUAUACCAAUUCAAUAUAACUGUGACACCCACCAAUGAUGCACCUGAACUAAGCCUUCCUGAAGGAAAUCUCUUUGUCCUGUUGGAGAACUCUAAGAAACUUCUCACCUCGGAUGUUUUGAAGGCCACAGACGUUGACAGCAACUACAGUGACCUUGUCUUCUCUGUGCUUGGGAAUCUUAAUGCCGAAGCAGGAUACUUAGAAAUGGAGAGUAACCCUGGAAAAGCCGUGACCUCAUUCUCAUAUGUAGACUUGGAAGAACUGAGGGUGUUCUAUGUUCACACAGGGGUGAGGAACUCAAGGAUAGUCCUCAGGGUUAGUGAUGGAGAAAAGGUCAGUAACACUGUGGUUUUAAGAGUCAUGGCUGUUGCACUGCAGUAUAGGAUUGCCACCAACACCGGGCUUGAGGUUGUUCAGGGUGAGACAGCUGUCAUCAGUUCGAAACAGUUGGCUGUGCAAACCAACGCUGUAAAGCAAGUAGUAGACAUCCGAUAUGAUGUCAUCGAACCCCCACAGUUUGGAGAGCUCCAGAGGCUUCACUCAAGCGGUGAAUGGAGGCACACCGAGUCAUUCUCACAGAAGCUUUUAGAAAAAGAGCGCCUUAGGUAUGUUAACACCUUUCAAGAUGUCCAGACUUCGAAUGUCACUGAUUAUUUUAAGUGUCGUGUUAAUGUGGCUGCAAGGGUCAACACUGAGAUAGUUUUCCCAAUUACUGUUCAGUGGAUAAAGUAUCAGUUGGUGAAGAAUGUUAUGAUGAACUUGGAUAAGGUAAGAAAAGUGAUGCUAAACUCAGAGUACCUUCUGGCCAGGGCCGAAGGCGUGGCACUUUCUGAUGAGAACCUUUAUUUCCGGGUUCUCACCACACCAAAGAAAGGGAAGCUCUUGCUUGAUGUCACAGUUCUGACAAAGAACUCAACAUUUAGCCAAAGAAAUCUGACAGAUAACAAAGUUCAUUAUGAGCUUGUUGACAGGCCUUAUGAGGACACAACUGACCGGUUUAAAUUUCAGCUGGUUUCAAAACAUGCCCAGUCAGAAAAUUAUGAUUUCCAGUUUUCCAUCAAAGCUGACGCCAACAGUGUGUUCAUAACAAAUAAAGGACUCGCUCUGAAGGAGGGAGAAAGCAAACUUAUCACCAAAGAAGAAUUGUUUGCAGAGACUUUGAGCACAGCGGACAUGUUCUACACAGUCAUAAGCAGCCCCAAGCAUGGAAGACUAGCUCGCAUUAGCCAGUCUAACUCUAAUGCUAGCUAUGACAACCUUUUAACCUUUACCAAUCAGGACAUAACGCAGGAGCGGUUAAUGUACAUCCAUGAUGACAGUGAAACAACUCAAGACGAGUUCACUUUCAUAGCCUCUACAAGCCAAGGAUUCAAGUCCUUCAUUGUCGAAGAUGAAAUUGGCUCCAAGGAAGGAACGUUCAACGUGUCUGUUCAGCUACUGAAUGACCAAAAGCCAAUACGAGUCAUCGAUAAAGUUUUCCACGUAGUAAAAGAUGGACAAAAGUUACUUACAAUGGAGGAUUUGUGUUAUCACGAUGCCGACUCCGACUAUAAUGACGGCCAGCUGAUCUACACUCGACGUGGAAUCCCGCUGGGAGACCUUGUUCUGGCUAAUGACACCAGUCAUCGGCUGUUUCAGUUCCGACAGCAGGAUUUAGAGGAAAGGCGAGUGUUAUUUAUUCACAAAGGUGCAAACACCGGCAGGUUUGUGUUCUUUGUCUCAGAUGGAAAACAUUUUGUAUCGAGCCUUUUAGAUGUCAGUGCUGAUGAGCCUUACUUGAAGGUCGCUAAUAACACCGGCCUGCUGGUUCAGAAAGGACGAUCUGUGACUAUUUCCACUAGAAACUUCACUGUUGGAUCAAAUUUGGACAUUAGAGAUGAUCAUGAGGUAAUUUUCAAGUUGGAUGAAGCUCCUAAGUUUGGAGCCGUUUAUCAUAAUGAAACAAGCGUGGAGUCCUUCACACUGGCUGACAUGAAAGACCAACUGAUCUCCUACAAGCACGGUGACAGCAGACAUCUAGCAGACCAUUUUUGCCUAACAGUGAAAACUAAAGGUCUUCAGGUUACAGAGAGAGUCGCUGUGAAAGUUUAUCUGGAAAGUCAUCAGAGACCACCCAUCGUGCAGCAUCGGGAGGCUUUAUUGGUGGAAGAAGGAAAACCAGUGAAGAUUGAUGAAACUAAACUGGAGGUCACACACGAGGACAACCUGCCAUCUGAGAUCGUGUUUGCAGUGAAGGUAUCCCCAUCUCAUGGCUUUCUCCGGCAUUUUGUCGAAGAGGAAGAGCGCUACAUCGGAACCAAACAGUCGCCUGUCAGGACGUUUACCCAAGCCGACGUUAACAGCGGGAACAUCCAAUACGUGCAGGUGGAGCCGAACCAAGUCAACGACACCUUUGUCCUCGAUGCCACCAAUGGAGUCACUGACGUCAGAGGCAUUCAAAUGUCUGUCGACAUCAUCCCACUCCUUAUUCCUCUUCACGUCACUAAUUUCACACUAAACGAGGGUGCCUCCAAGGCGCUGACCCAGGAUGUGCUCAAAGUAACCAACCGACACUUUUCUGGAGUCAACUUCUUUUAUAGCUUGACAGAGGUGCCGCAUCACGGUCACGUAGAGCACUCUCGACAUCCCGGUGUGCCUCUAACCACUUUCACCAGGAGACAGGUGGAACAUGAAUUUAUUUACUACGUCCACGACAGCAGCGAAAGCCUAGCUGACAAUUUCACAGUGGUGGCCAACGACACGGCCCUGAGGAAGCACAGUUCCGCCCGGACGGUUUACAUCGAGGUUACAGCUGUCAACGACGAGCCUCCUGUUAUUACAGCCAACAGGGUCCUCAGGGUUUGGGUGUCAUCGAUCACAGAAAUCAGACAGGAGGAUCUGAUGGUGCAGGACCUGGACACGCCCCAGGACGAGCUACACUUCAUGGUGACCCCUCCCAGCAAUGGACACCUGGCCCUGAAGAGCAACCCCAUGAAGGCUGUGCUGAACUUCACACAGGCCCACAUAGACCAGGGUCAGCUGCUGUUUGCUCACAAAGGUGCCUUGUCUGGUGGAUUCAGCUUCCAAGUCAAUGAUGGAGUGAAUUUUAGCCCUAGGCAGAUUUUUAGCAUCACAGCUAAGGCCUUAGUUCUCAGUUUGGAGAAGAACCGCCCACUCAAGGUGUUUCCAGGUUCUUCCAGACCAAUCACAAAUGAGGAUUUAGAAGCCGUGACCAACGAUGUCAGCAACAGCUCAACCCGGGUCGUUACGUUCAGCGUGGUUCGGCCUCCUAAGUUGGGGCGUCUGGUGAAGACACUGUCAGAUAACACAACGGAGGACAUCUCUACUUUCACACAAAGCAUGGUGGACAGAAGGGAAGUUGUUUACAUCCAAGCCCCCGUUGAGUCUGUGGGCUGGGAAGCCAUGGACUCGAUAACCUUUUCUGUUUCGUCACCGCCUGCUUCCUUAGAGAGUCAGACCUUCAAAAUAGACAUCUCUUAUGAAAACACGGGACCAGAACACAACACUGUUCUCCUCGCAAACACAGGUGCUGAGGUGGCAGAAGGUGAGAGUGUCGUCAUUGACGAGCACAAGCUGGACGCCUCUAACCUGAUGUCAAAGCUGCCGGCGCCACUGCGAAGCUCCCAUGAGGUCUGGUUUCAGGUGACAUCACUGCCUCAGCACGGCGUCAUCAUCGUCGGUGAGAGAAACCUCACCAAAGAGAAGCCCACCUUCUCCCAGUUCAUUCUGAACAAAUACGGCAUCACCUACCAGCACGACAACUCGGAGACAACUCAGGACUCCUUUGAGUUCAGCGCUUGGCUUUUUCCUGUAGGCAGAACUGCACGACGCCCUCAAGAUGAAAGGGAUGUUGUUGUGGAGCGCUUCAACAUCACAGUCACACCUGUGAAUGAUCAGCCACCUUUGCUCAAAGUUAAAACCCCAGGGCUCAACGUGGUCCAAGGAGAUCGAGUUGCACUUGGGCCAGAAAAUCUCAAAGUUGAAGAUUUGGACAAUUCUCCGGAGGAUAUUAGAUUUUCUGUGAUUAGCAAGCCAAGCAACGGUUACCUAGCUCUUGGAGGAAGGUUGAAUGAGUCAGUAGAGUUAUUUAGCCAAGCCCAGAUCAACAACAGAAGUGUUUAUUUUGUCCAUGAUGGAAGUUCUGUCUCAGGAGUGUUUUACUUCAGUGUCACAGACGGACACCACAAACCCAUAUACAAGUUAUUUAAUAUAGACGUGUCAGAGAUCACCAUCAAAAUGGUCAACUAUACUCAAGUGUCACUGCAACAAGGAAAGACCUCAGUUCCUCUGAGCCAGAACAACCUAGCUGCCGAGACAAACGGGAAAGAUGUCACCAUUUACUACGAAGUUACAAGGCCUCCAAACUUUGGCAAACUUCUGAUGGAAAACCAGGAGGUUACUCUAUUUAAACAGGAGGAUCUAAUAUCUGGAAGGCUGUUCUAUCAUAUGACCUCUCUUUCCUCCUCCGAGGACAGCUUUGGGUUCUCUGCCUUCACUUCAGAAGCUAAUCUUACCGGCCAAGUUCUCAACAUAACUGUCAGACCUUUGAUCCAGGUUGGCCGAGGUUUGAGAAUUCCCAACGGGAUUACCGUCAAGUUCAGCUCUAGCUUUUUAAAUGUCUCUGAAUUGGCUUACAUGAGCGACAGCGACCCUCUCUUUGAAGUCAUAUCCCAUCCUAAGUAUGGGAAAGUUGUUCAGACGAAACCUAAAAUGUCUAAGAGAGUUCGUCCAGUUGAAUCCUUCACAUUUCAGGAAGUGAUGCAGGAGGAAGUAGCGUUGGAGCUGAACGCCAACAUGACAGGAGUUGAGGAGCUGAAUGACUCUCUGGUGUUUGUGCUGAAAGCUGACAACAUCCAACCGGCUAAAGGGGAAUUCCACUUCACGAUUGUUCCGAAUGAUCCACUACUUUUUCCUACCUCAGAAAGUCCGGUCUUUACCACAUCACCCAUUCCUCUGACUCCAAUCAAGUCUUCGAGGAAUGUCAACGCUUCCCCUGUCCCGUCUACGGCUUUCCUCUCCACCCUGCAACCAAUUAAAAACCAACAUAAAUUUAAGGGACGCAACCGCUGGGGGAACUCGAACAGAACCAACUUUUUUGGUACGACUCUCAGCAAACCGUCACAAACCGAGGACUUCCCCUUUCUGAACACACCCGUUCGAGUUGAGUCCUUCCCUCAAAAGACCUCCAGUCCUCUCCUGAUCAUCCUGCCGCUAACGGCCCUGCUGCUGCUCAUUCUCAUUUUCGUAAUCCUGGUUGUCUUUUUUCGACAUCACAAACGAAGGAAGCACAGCCCUGCUUCGCUGCAGGAGCCUGCUGCUGGUUCUCCAGACAGUCCGAGUUACAACGACCAAACCCUGAGGAGCACCACAGUUCCCGGGGUCACCGUCACUCCUUUGAACCCCACCUGCCCCGCUAGCCCCGCCUUGGACAGGUUUUUGACCCAGAAUCAGAUCUCACCAUGUGACACAGUUGAUUCAAAUGUCCUGAUAAGUUCUUGGAGUAAUGGUUCCUCUUAUCCAUGUUCCCAAAUGAUUAGAGCUGCUGCCCCUCCCCUGCAAAAGAAUCAGUACUGGGUGUGAAAUAUCUCUGCAAUGACAACAGACAGCCUUGCAGCAACAUGUUAUUGUUUUUGUGUCACACACACAAGGCUGAAUGUGUCGAUGACAAUCAUUUUUACAGUUCAUUUGAUUUCCAUAGAUCUUCUCAAGUAGCCUGGCCUGCCAGACUCGCCCUCUCUCUGUUCUACACAGAGAACAACGUGAAUACUCGGAGGCAGAGAGCGCCAUGAGGGGCGGGACUAGCCAGCUCAGAAAUAACCGAUCUGAAAAAUGACAACUGCGUUUAGCUGUAGUUUGUUUAACUGUGGUCAAAGAUGGCGUCUGGCGACGACGCAACCAUCUUCCUCUAGAAGAAAGGCUUUUAGCGCUUCUUGUUGUGGUUUUUAAGACAUUUCCAAGUCAUUUAGAAAGAGGAAAGAGCGGCAGCGAACUCAGCUUCAGAUGCCAUCUUCUUUGGGAAAGUGUGGCAUACGCUGCUCAGUGCUGAUUGGCUCGGUUAGAAUUCUCAGGGGGAGGGGCUGUUUGAAUGGUAGCAUUACCAGGCCCUUUGCUUCCCAUAAGGGAGCAUUGGCAUGGCUGGCCAGGCUACUUCUCAAGACCCUCAUCUGUCGUUUCACGAGCCACAGUGAGGCCCAGAAACCCCCUUUGGGACCUAAAAGAGACCCACAACAUUCAUGAAUCAAGUUUUUGAUCUCCGUGAUCCUGUUGCUCCAGGAGACCAGUGGUUCCUGAGUGAAGACAUGGAUGUUACCCUGCCCUGCUUUUGCUGUGCAAAAAUGGAUCAACUCAACAUGGAAAUGGAGAGCAAAUAAAACAUUCAGCAAACCAGAGAGCAGGAUUGUCCAUCAAGAGCUGUUGUGGGCAAAGGGCCGUUCACAUGGAAGGAUUUUUAAGUUGUCAGACGAUUUUCAAAACAAGAGACCAUUUGUGGUAAUAACAAAUAACAGAUUUACCAGUUUUGGUGCUACAGCGUGUGGUGUCCAGCCACAUGGCCAACACUACACACGAACUAAUCUCCCGGGAUCAAACAGACAUGUGGAGGAGGACCACUAUCAUAGCCUCACUCUCUGAUUGACCCCAUGAUGCAUUCAACAGUCAGAAAGUUGCAGCAGUAGGUCAGGAGGUGGAGCGGGUUGUCCAGCAAUCAGAAAGUUGCAGGUUCAAUCCCAGCUCUGACCAGAGAAUGCUGUCGUUGUGUCCUUGGGUAAGACACUUAACCGGCUAACCCUGCUGGUGGUGGUCGGAGGGACCGGUGGCGCCAGUUCUCGGCAGCCUCGCCUCUGUCAGUGCGCCCCAGGGCAGCUGUGGCUACAUCGCAGCUCAUCCCCACCAGUGUGUGAAUGUGUGAAUGACUGAUUGUGUUGUAAAGCGCCUUGGGGGGUUCCAGGACUCUAGAAGGCGCUAUAUCAAAUACAGGCCAUUUACCAUCUUUAGCAUAACUGCAGUGAUCAGACGUGACCUUUAGGUUGCCGGAGGAGGAUUAGAUCAGAAGAACUGAGCUUAAAGGUUCCCUUACGCUCUGAUAUUUUGUGUAAUAUUUAUCAUUCGAGUGAAGGUUCCUGCCUCUAAAGCCCGCUGCAGGAAAAUCAUGCAGAUUUUUCGCCAGCCCUGUGCCUUCCUGUAAGGGUUGUGUAGGGUUAGGGUCAGAUCUAUCAGGUAAUCCUACUUUUUGUGUUGUGUGUGUACUCUGGUCGGCUCGGAUGGACGUCGGGACGUAAAUCCGAGCUUUCAAACAUGUUGGAUUGUCCUGGUACGAUUUUCGGGGACAAAGGAACGUGUUGAAUGUGACGUGCAGCCAAUUAGCAAGCGAGGUGACCGAAGCAUGCAGCUCAUUCCUCUUCCACCAUGUUUGUUUACUUCAAAGUCACGUUUUGUCUCGUGAGAUUUCCCAUCUGAGCAGAGAGUGAAAACGAUUUGUGUGUAGUUUAGUAUUUGCAGAGUUGCUGCACACCUCACACUGUCGGAUCCGAUCUGUGAGUGCUCUCUCGUGCUUUGAAUAUCGGCCUCCGUGUGACCCGGGCCUUACAAGAGAACGUAUUCGUGUGACUUGAAAGAUAACGGCUCACUCACCAGAUCUGAGAACUUUGUAAACACUGGUUUAGGUUUAAAGUCUAACGAGUAAUGCUUUAGGGUCAUAAUUUACACACUUGGGAGUCUUUCAGUUCGUAAAUCACUGUAAUAAAUAAUAACCUGAGUGGGCUUCAUCCAGCUUGAAGCUUUAUUAGUUAAAGGUUAUGAUUAUAAUAGUGGAUGGUGAUAAAAAACGUCUUUAAACUGUGUUUCACUCAGAUUCAUCAUCUAGGCGUUUGACCUGAUUGUUCAGAUUUAAUAUAAUUUAAAUGUGUUGCACACUAAUGUGGUUGUUUUUGUAAACUCAGGCAUAUUUUGAACAGUGUCAUUGUGUUACCUUUAAUAAAGGUUGCACGUACUGCCAGUAAUCCAGAUUAAACAUAAGAAAAUUCUCACAACAGCUUCCCAGUAAAAUAAAAAGUCAGAUUUUCUUCACAACUUCUAUAACCUCUGUUUUUAUUUUAAACAUGAUUUGUAUUUAGAAUGAUUUCUUUCUAAGGCCUUUAUUAUAUAUCUUAACAGAUUCUGUGUUUCAGAAUAACCCCAAAAACCUACAACUACUGAAAGCUCUUUAUAGAACAAAGCAUCUUAUAAUGGCUGCGUGGAGGACGUGUAUUUAUAUUUAUCUGAGUGUUUAAAUGAACUACUGUGAAUGAGCACUUCUGUUGUGAUCUGCUUUUAGGAGCUGAGAUGGUUUAUUGUCACAAAAACACUGAAAUAAUCUUUAUUUCUCUCACAUGUUCUUAUUUAAAUUGUGUAUUUAUUUAUACAGUAUUUUUAAUAAAUCACUUUAAAGCC